GCCAACAUGAAGCUUAGUUGUUUAGUAUUGAUGCUCUUUCUUGCAACCUUAGCAGUUUUAUUCGAUGUAGGCACAUCGAGUUCUGAAGAACACAGUGGCGGUUAUUACCCAGGCAAUGCGUACCACUAUCAUUCAGGUGGUAGUUAUCACGGAUCCGGCUAUCAUGGAGUUUAUAAGGGAAAGUAUUACGGAAAAGCAAAGAAAUACUAUUAUAAAUAUAAAAACAGCGGAAAAUACAAGUACCUGAAGAAAGCUAGAAAAUACCACAAAAAGGGUUAUUAUGGAGGUGGUAGCAGUUAG